GUAUACAUUGCAGGUGCUUAAAACACUUUUGGUCACAGAUUUUCUCAUUUACUAACCCAUCCGAAUCCCAAUCCACCAGUAAGUUAACUAAAACAAGCGUUUCAUCAAUCUGGCCUAUGUUGGGACCAUCUUUCAGGUUGGAUGUAAGUCACAAGGACAGAGCCAUUUGGGAGUCCUGCCUUACGAGACAGGUGGGGGAGGGGAAGGGAGCUUGCCCAUGUCCUUCUCUCUUGCAGAGCUUUUCACUGAACUUCACGCUGCCAGGGAACACGACCUCCUCUCCUGUUGUCACGGGCGGGAAAGAAGUGGACUGCGGGCCGUCUGUCGGAUUAGCGGCAGGCAUCCCAUCCAUCGUGGCCACAGCCCUGCUGGUGGCUUUGCUGUUGACUUGGAUCCACCGAAGAAGAAGUAGCCUUGAGUCCAUGGAGGAAAGUGAAAGACCAUGUGAAAUUUCAGAAAUCGAUGAAAGUCCCAAGAUAUCUGAGAAUCCUAGGAGAUCACCAACACAUGACAAGAACACAAUGGGAGCACAAGAAGCUCACAUAUACGUGAAGACUGUAGCAGGAAGAGAGGAGCCUGUGCGUGACACUUACCGUCCUACCGUAGAAAUGGAGAGAAGGAGGGGACUGUGGUGGCUUGUGCCCAGACUGAGCCUAGAAUGAGGUGGCUCAGUCCAGGAGAAGACCUGGAGCUGGGACGGGCUGAAAACCCAGGAAUUUGUAUUUGGAGAGGAGAGAUGCCAACCUGCUUCUUAACCAAUCCAAGUUUCAUUUACAGAUCUGGAACACUUGUGGAUCGAUUUGUCUCUUUAGGGGACAGCUCCAAUAAGUUUGAUUCCAACUCUCAGAUUUUGUGGUUUAAUACA